AAUCCGUUCGGCUUAAAUCCAAAGAACAUGCGGCAGCCUCUGUGUUCCCAGAAGGCAGGGUUGAAGAAAGGGCCAUGGACUCCGGAAGAAGACGAAAAGCUCUCGUCUUAUAUCCGACAACACGGCGACGGAAGCUGGAGUGCCACGCCGGAAAAAGCCGGGCUUCAAAGGUGUGGAAAAAGUUGCAGACUGAGGUGGAUUAACUACUUAAGACCGGACAUCAAAAGAGGGAAGUUCAGUUUGCAGGAAGAACAAACCAUCAUUCAACUCCAUGCCUUCCUUGGAAACAAGUGGUCGGCCAUUGCGGCUCAUUUGCCGAAAAGGACCGACAAUGAGAUCAAGAACUACUGGAACACGAGGUUGAAGAAGAGGUUGGACAAGAUGGGGAUCGAUCCCAUGACUCACAAGCCUAAAGCCGAUGCACUCGGUUCCAGCGGUGAUAACUCCAACCUUAGUCACAUGGCUCAAUGGGAACGUGCUCGGUUAGAAGCCGAGGCUAGAUUGGUCCGACUCCGACAGUCGAGGACGAAGCUCGGUUUCUCCUCGGUUGCUCCACCAGUGAAUAACAAAAACUUUGGUUUUGCUCAUGUGACUAAGCCGCCGUGCCUCGACGUGCUCAAAGCUUGGCAACGUGUAGUAACCGGAUUGUUCACUUCCGACAGCAACCUCCAAUCUCCGAACUCGACGUUGAACUUCACGGAGAACACGUUGCCGGUUUCCGACGUCGGAUUCAACGACGAAUGCUUUGUUGGGAACUCAAUUAACGGGAAAUGUGUGGAUUCAACAAUGGGGUCGAAUGAGAAUGCAUGGUGGGCGGGAAAUGCUGCCAUGGAAUUGGAAGGCUAUUCGGAGGAUACUUUAAUGGUCUGUAAUGCUGCGGAACAUUGUCAGCGGAGUUCGUCGAUGCAGGCUACAGAAAACUUCGAUGUCGGGACAAGUUAUGCUAAUGGUUUCGGAGAAGACAAGGAUUACUGGGACAACAUCCUUGAUGAUCUGCCAAAUGAUUCACCAUCUCAUUUAUCUACAUUUUGAAAUAAAUUGUUAAGAAUCCAAC